CAAAUACUAGCAAAAGUUUAUCAUCAUCAUAUAUACAUAUAUUUGUUACAAUUGUAGCACACAGAGUUGUUAAUGGAGGCCAAGAAAAACACCAUUAGUGUACUUAUGUUACCAUGGCUAGCCCAUGGUCACAUUAAUCCAUACCUAGAGCUAGCCAAGAAGCUUGCAAAUAGAAACUUGCACAUUUACAUUUGUUCCACUCCUGUAUGUCUAAGCUCAAUCAAGAAAAGAGUUACACAGGAGUAUUCUCAGUCAAUAGAUUUAGUUGAUUUUCAUCUUCCUUCAUUGCCAAAUCUUCCUCCUCAUUACCAUACUACCAAUGGCCUUCCACCCCAUCUCAUGACAACUCUCAAAAGUACUUUUGAAAUGAGCACUCCAAACUUUUCUAAGAUAUUACAAACUCUACAGCCAGACUUGGUCAUUUAUGACUUCAAUCUGCCGUGGGCUGCUGACUGCGCCUCCUCUGUGAACAUUCCUGCUGUGCUGUUCCUCACUUUUGGUGCAGCCGUGAUUGCUUUGGGCAUCCACGUGUGUGAUAGGCCAGAGGAAAUGUUCCCCUUUACUGAAUUUUACCUGCAUGAACAAGAAAUACUUUCAUUGAAGAAUACUGUCCCUGGUUGGAAGUUCCCAUUCGAUGAGGGUCUUAGGCGAUCACAGGACAUUGUUCUGAUAAAAACCUGCAGAGGUUUCGAAGGGAAAUAUAUUGAUUAUCUUUCAAGUUUAGUCUUCAAGAAAAUAGUCCCAGUUGGUACACUAGUUCAAGAAUCCACCAACAAAGAUGACAGUGAGGAUAUCAUGCAAUGGCUUGACAAGAAACAUAGAGGUUCAGCUGUCUUUGUUUCAUUUGGGAGUGAGUAUUUUCUAUCAAAGGAAGAAAUUCAUGAAGUAGCUCAAGGACUCGAGCUUAGCAAAGUGAACUUCAUUUGGGUCAUCAGGUUUCCACAAGGUGAAAGAACUAAAAUUCGAGAUGCAUUACCAGAAGGGUUUCUUGAGCGGGUAGGAGAAAGAGGAAUAAUUUUUGAAGGAUGGGCUCCUCAAGCAACAAUUCUUCAACACACAAGCAUUGGAGGGUUCGUGAGCCACUGUGGAUGGAGUUCUUUCAUGGAAAGCAUGAAAUGUGGUGUGCCCAUAAUUGCCAUGCCUAUGCAGGCUGACCAACCAAUGAACGCUAAGCUUGUAGAGUAUAUUGGGAUGGGAAUGGAGGUAGUGAGGGAAGAAAGAGGGAAACUACAAAGUGAAGAGAUUGCAAAGGCGAUAAGGAAGGUGGUAGUGGAGAAAGGUGGGGAAGUGAUGAGGAAGAAAGCUAAGGAACUGAGUGAAUAUAUGAAUGUAAUAGGGGAUGAAGAGAUAGAUGGUGUGGUGGAAGAGCUGUUGGCACUUUGUAAAAACAAAUGAUCAGCAAUAAAAUUUAAGAGUUAUGACCAUUACUCCUCAAAUGUAAUUUAACUGGUUGUAUUUACAGAUCAUUUAUCCUCUUUUAUGUUUUAUCA